AUGGAAAACGAAUACAUCGAUAUUUUGCAUAGCGGAGCCCUAGAAGGGCUGGAUAAUUACAGAAUAUUCAGAAGAAGAUAUCCAUCAAGAAGCAGUCUUCCCGUGAGACUUAUCACUGAUUGGUACAUACAGGAGAUCUCCAUGCCUAGCAAGAAAUUUUCAAAAUGGAUUUGUUUGGUUGGAGUAUACAAAGACACAUUGAUAAGAACAUCACCAAUAACAUCCAUUAUUGCACCAAGGCGGGUCUGUACUUGCAAUUGCAUUUAUACACUUGCACCACCAUCCAAAGUCCUACAAAACCCUUUUCUUGGCGUUGAAAAGUGUUUUGCUGAAGGUUUUCCUGACGACUGGGAAAAUAUUGUCGAGCAAGCACUUAUCAAAACUUCAAUAGUAGAAAGUAAAGAAAAUAUAUUAGAUAAUGAGGCCAAGUAUAGGAUGCAGAAUCAAGAUGGUUUGGAUGGAAAUGAUGAUAUCACAGCAAAGAAGGCCAAUUUUGAUAAUAAAAUGUCUAGAGUUGAUACGAAUGAGCAGCUGGAGCAGUCACAUAUUAAUACUUCUGUCAAAUUUGAAAAUCCAAUUGUGGAGAAUCAAAUAUUAAACAAUAAUUUAGCAGCUAAUUCAUCCUACAAACAUUUGUCUACGAGUGAGUCAGAAGAUAGCGAACUAUUUGUUGAACGACGUAGCUCAAUAUCAGUUGAAUCAAAUAUUAAGGGCAUUCCAGUUGAUGAAAAGAUUGAUCCGCCUAUGCCAGAAGAAGUGUUGCAACACGAAGUUUCACGUAAAAAGGAACUUGAGCUAGGAAUUCCUUUUUUUCCAGACAAUGUUAAUGUUGAAAAGACCACAGACACGCCGAGCAAAUCAGAAAAUACUGUGUUAAAUGCCGCAGAAGACUCAAUUACAAAAGAACUAGCAAAUAAAGCAAGCAAUAAGUCACUUUGCGAAGGCAAUACAGAUGAGUAUGCAAAGUUGAGUCAUAUUUUGAACUUAGAUCUGAGUGUUCUUGAAGCAUCUGAGUCUACUGCAAAGUUGAGUGGUUUAAAAGGAACAGAAGCUUCGUUGAAUGAUGAUGAAGCCAUUCAAGACAUUAAUAAUAUGUUAAAUGAAGCAAUUGGCAACACUAACUCAUCUGCAUCUAAUGGGUUUAAUAGCUAUGAUGAAACCUUGGUGGAAAAAAACAUCAAAAAACAGUCAAGACGGCGAAAAAGUUUGGAAAAAGGAAGCAAAUACUUUACAGUUGAAGAGUUCGUUCAAAACAACAGCCCAUUCAAGUUGCCAAGAGCUAAAUCUUCAUCAAACAAUUCGUUUGAGAUGCUCAAUCCAUCAAAUGUUAUCCAAAAGUCACUUCAAAGAUCUCAUUCAAUUUCUUCUAAUGAUUCAAGUUUUGAACAGUCGAUUAGGAGUUAUUUAAAAGAGUCAUCUGGCAGCCUGAAUACAAUCAAUAAUAGCGUCGUUGACAUAUCUAAUAGUCAGGCUGUAGGUCACGUAAAUGCGUCUAAUAGAAAGUUAGAAUCCUUAUCUCCUCGCAAAUCUGUAUCCGGUAUGACAGAUAAUAGUCGACAAAAUAAUGAACAAAGAAAUGCUUCUGGGGUAGACUCCAUGGAUACUAUAGCCAUGCCAAAUUCUCCAGUGAAGAUUAUAUGUAUGAAUCAGGCACCAUCAGAUUCAUCCGAAGGAUCAAAAAUUCAUAUCACUUUAAAAGACACUUCAUUUAAUAAGGGCUCUGGUGUACGUUUGCAUUCUGGCAUGCAACUUGAUAUUGCUGAAGUUCCUAAGGAACAUGUAAAUUUGAAUUUAUCUAACGGCGCGCUUGGUGUUGAAGAAAAGACAAUUUUGAAACAUAUUGGAGAGGAAACAAAAGAGAGUAAGGAUAAUGUGCAGAGCAAGAGAUCUUUGGCUGGCAGGUUAUCUACAAAUGAUGGAUUAAACGAACAGCUUUAUGAUGAAUAUUUUAAAAAGAUCAAAUCAGAAUUUGCGGAGCCACCACUUAUGAAGAAUGAUUCCUCGCAAAUAGCCAUUGAUAUACCUAAUAUUGCCACGAUGCAUGAGUCUCAAACUGUGGAUAUAGUAGUUGAUGAUACGAUUAAAGAUCUGGAUGGUGCAAUCUCGCAGUCAGGCCAAGAUGCCAAAGCCGAGAUACCUAUCAAGAUGAGUAGAGAGUCUAUUAGAAAGACAAAGUUGAAGAGCUUUAACACAGGAUUGACACCUAAAAAGCCUAGUGGCACACCAAGUCCUAAAAAAUCUAGCGUUGUAUCAAGCACUAGCCAUUCUGAGGUCGACCAGGUUAAUGAUAGUCAUCCUGAAGCCAACUAUUUUUGUAGUGCACCAAUAAUACUGCUAGCCAUUCUGGUGUUCUUAUUGUAG